AUGACCGAACACGCACCUACCCCCGUGCCUCCCCCGCCGAAUACUAUCAUCAGUGUGGCAUCUGCAAAGAUGGGGAUCCUGGAUUUGCCCGGCGAGGUUCUGACUGAGAUCUGCAGUCAUUGCUCCCAGGGCGAACUCAUCUGCCUCUCCCUCGUGAGUAGCCGCUUCCGCGAACUAGCUGCUGCCCAGCUAUACCGAAACUUCCACAUCGUCUUCCCCGACGAGGACGAUCCGUGCUUCGAUAGUCCAAUUGAUGGACUCGCUGGAGGAUUGGACACUUUUGCCACAAGCGACUACAACUAUGCCCAGCACCUGAGAGAUCUCUCGCUCGAUACCCUGAGUGCCGGUGACGGAGCAGAAGCCGCUUACAAACCGUAUCUUGCGAGCGUUAGUUGCGGCAAGUUCAUGAACACCCUGCUUCUCCUUACCCUGCGCAGAGCCACCGCGCUGGAUUCGUUUCGCUGGAAUAUACGGGUCGAGCUCAGCAAACCUGUUUACAAGGUGCUACACAGCCUCAAGUCUCUCAAACAUGUCCAUAUUCGUCUGCAGGCUGGGCCCUCUUUGUAUGGACUGCCGCCCCCGCUGGCCUCGUUUCCUGCGAACUCGUCUCUUGCCACGCCACAGACGGGUGGCUCGACUCAUUCUACGUUAUUCGGAGGUGGCUCAUACGGUGCGCUGGCCCCUCCGCCAGUUCACAAACCAUCGUGGAAACCGCGGGUUUCUAAACACACUUCUUCCAAGGCGCCUCCGACAAUUGCCGGGUUUAAGAACCUUGAAAGCCUCAGCGUCCUCGAUAUGGACAACCUCGAUAUUAUCACCGAGAUCAAGACCUGCGUGCGCGACUCGAGCUCGACGCUGAGGAAAUUGAGCCUUUCCUUCUCUGAUGCCCUAGCCAAGCAAGCAAGGAAACCCUGCCUGGACCCGAUAGAACCAGACGAAUCCGACGAAGAUGAGUUUCAAGUUGUGCCGCUGCCCACAACGGUCAACUACGAUUCAAGCGGACCAGCAAAAGUGUUCCGGGCUCAGGAAGAGCGCAAGGUACAGGAGUCCGUGCUUGGUCGCAUCUUCGAGUUCGAGCCUUUUACUGUGAAGAGGUUCCAUGUCGCAACCGAUGGAGAUAAUGAGGGAAGCCAGAGUAAACCAAAGAAUCAACCAACCGACAACAGGCACACUUUUGUCCAGAGCGUGGAGAAAAUAUCUCUACAUCUGAUAAAUCGGGUCCACGGGACAAAGGACUUGAACACCCUCGAGCAACAAGAUAUGCUACGCACGAUUCUGGUAGCAGCUAAUAAGUACGUCGAUUCGGAAAAUCAGAAAACCGAUGCCCGGGCCGCUUCAUCUUCCAAAGAAGUUGUUCCAAGCUCCACGUCGGGCGACAGUGUUGACGACGGUGUUGCUACCCCCGCUACUGAGGAAGCACAAUCGUCGGAAACGACCACUUCACACCAGGGGUCGAAGGCGAAGACAGACGACGAGGUUACGAGUCCGGAAUAUAUAGACAUCACAGCUCCCGAGCAAGAGCAACUUGUGCUCGAGAUGCAAGAGGAUGCGAACGACGAGGAGAUUACGGUCGAGGCAUCAUCUUCGAAGACGCCAGCUAGCUCCGCACAAGUAAGCAAGUCUCCUUUCGGUGCAGGCCUACAGUGUGCAGGUGCAGCUAAUAGGGCUGCACAACGCGAAAACCUCCGUGUCCUUGAAAAAACAUUGCAAUUGUUCAAGAAAGAGGCUGAUCGAAUAUCGAAGGUAUCACGGGAAACCGACCUGUCCGACGAAGAUGCCGAGCCGCGUAUUAGAGAGGCGCAGCUUCGACUCGAGGCUAUCAACCAAGACGUGGCAGACAUUCAACACGAUAUGAACGUGAUAGAAGCUGAAAUGGAUGAUGCCGAUGUACAGUCGGCACACUUGGCACCCAGAGCUGACGCGAAGGAUGAACUCCGCCGCCGCAUGAAUGAAUAUGCGAGAAGGACUCGAGGCAUAGGGCUCCAUGCUCUCAGCCUUCAUCUGAUACCAAUCAAGGCCUCGGUCCUGGGCAGGGCCAUCGAUCUGCAUAUGCUGAAGAGGAUCACUCUUCUGAACGUCGGGCCGCAGGCACCUUUCUGGGUCUUGAUGAAUAAGGAGAACCAACUUCAGCGCCUGCAGCUGCGGAAGAUCUUUACGGACAACGUUUCGCUGCAGUUUCUACAGUUCGUCUCGGAACUCGAGAGCCUGCACGAACUCUUCAUACUGGAGCGGACAGCUAAGUACAAGCCGGAGAGUUUUGCGCCUCAGUCCAAGACAACAAUCGAACAGAUUCGGAGACUCGUACUGAGGAAGCACAUGGACAGCAUUAAGCGUCUGAUGAUCAAGAACGAGGCGAACACCGCCUGGGACAUUGAUGAAAAGACCAUGAAGCUAAUGUGCAGGCGGGGGUUGGUGCUCCAGGAGCUGGCGGUUAUAAUGAGCAUGCGUACUCUACACACAUUCAUCCAGCACAUAGCAGGUCUGGGCCAGCUCCGUGCUCUGCAGCUGAUCUCGUUCCGCAACGAUGAUACGUGUCUCUCUGUGAUGCGCGAGACUAGGCGUUUCAUAGUCGAUGCGCUUUCGCACCACCCGGAACUCAAGCUCGAGUGGUUGGCCAUGGGCGACGAGGACCGGGCUAUCAGAAUCGUUCGCAAGCCAAACGUGCCGAAGAAGUCGAAGAAGAGCAAAGGAAAAGGCAAAGAGAGGGAGGUGUCGGGUCUCGGCUUAAACCCCGUCGCUAGCAGCAGCACGUUUCCAAUCCUGCCGGCGGGCGGAUGGGAUAUCUCUAGUGAUAGUGACGAUGACGGCGAUGUCCCAUCCCUUCCGAGGGUGAAGCUGGAGUUGAUGGAAGGGGUUGCAUUCUAUGACGUGUGGGGAGUCAGGAUCUUCAAGAAAGAAGUCAUGGCCGGACGGCUUUGA